AUGAGCUUGUUUCCUAGGCUUGACAAACAGAGAUCGGUGGAUCUGGACCCUCACGCCUGGGAUCUAUCGUCGAAGGAACAUGUGAAGAAAUUCGGAUUCUCUUCUAAGUACCCCAAAACCCUUAUACCCGACCCAAACAUAUUUAGCGAUGCGAUCGUACCAGCUCUCAAGUCAGGGGAUCAGGGAAUCCAGACGAAAUAUCCAAACCCAGGACAUUUAGCUGCUCAUCUAGGUCUCAUCGAAUGCUUUCGCAAGUUUCGAACAAGUGUAUUCAGCUCGGAGCAGCUCGAGAUACUUGACUUGCCCAGCUAUCCGGGGACCACGGUUGAUGAAGUUAGCACAGCCGCCGAUGGGCCAGCGAGCGUCUCGAAUCCAAAGAGAUGGGACACUGUCAUCCGUCUCGCUGUUGCUCGAUUUCUAAUCUGGUUUGAGAAUAUCGAAUCUAUCCUAACCCACGCGGCUGCGUAUCAUCGCUUUGGCCCUGAUAGCAAUGCUCUCCAUGCAGCUAUCACAGCAGACUAUCUGCCGCCUUUGGAUGUCAUGCUUGUUUGGUACGCUUAUAUGCAAACACCUGGCGCGUAUAGGCGAGACAACCUUGCGCAUAGUUCCCCAAAACUAUUGGAGAUUCCUCUCCCAUGGGAAGCCAUCCUCGCUGUUAUGGACCUGGACAAUUUCACCUACAAUAUCCCUUCUGCGGCAGAGAAAUUGUUCACGACUACAACUACCCAAUCUGCCGAUAUCUUUGUCUACCUCAUGCAUCCACCGCCUUAUACCGAUUUAAAUCCAGACAAGGUAUUCUCAGUGGACCUAGAAUCGGCCGUGCACGACUUGAUCGACGAUACCUCAUUCGCGGAGUCAAUGAGUAACCUCCUUUUCUUACGCUCGCCUGCCCUUGAAGGAACACUACUUCGCGCCCUGGCCAAGUACGGAGCACUCGUACAAGCCACGGGAAAUAGGGCAAGCUUAUGGUUAGAACGUAUUCGAGAUGAACCUGCCCUUCAACUCGUAUGGCGUACUCAUAUGCUGUAUCCUAUGGCAUACAUCCAAUUCAGUGCAAAUACUUUCGGAAGCGAUGUCUUGCUCAAGUAUGACACCAGUUCCUUGGCUUAUGCAGUUGACAUCAAGAAUUCCUCAACCGCAGAGCAAUCUUCCGCCGACAGCGAUGGCGACAGCAUCAGUGCGGCAGAAGCAUGUUAUUGCUGGCUGUGUGAGCGUAUCCGAGAUGAAGACCCAGACUAUACUGCAUGUGCUUCCAAGCCUGGGCGUACAAGGUCGCCCACUGAGGGAUCGCUGUCCCAGCCAGCUAGUCCCACCGUUCGGGGCUUCUCACAUUUCCGAUCCCGGUCAAUGUCAAGCAACGUACCACCGAACCCGGAUGGCCCAUUCUCACAGAUGGCUAAGGAACAGAUCGCUAGCAUCAAGUCUGAUGUUGCGUUCUAUCGAUAUGUUGAGGAGUUUCGCCGAGCGAACCCGGAUAGUACCGUACUGCCAGGUCGCCCUGCUACCUCUCGUGAUCUUGAGAAACUGAAGCGUGAGAAAGACGCAAAAGAUAGAGUCGGAACAUAUCACGGGUCGGGAUAUACUGUGGAGGUCGUGAGGCCUGCGGUAUAUGACGAAGUUACAGGUCGAUUGUUGAAGAAGGAGAAAACCAAAGUGACUCGCUCGAAGCAGUUGACCCCCGUCGCUCUUUUCCUGGCCUACUGA